GCAGGCCUGGAAGAAGGGACCUGCCAAGGGCAGCUUUGUCUUUCUCACCAGAGUUUGAAGAUUAGCCUCGAUCAUGUCACAAAUUGGGGCUACUGCUGGGUCCAGAAUGGAUGCUGGAGGCAGGGCCCAAGGGAUAGCAUAUGUGGCAUUGGGCACAGGCCACUUUGCCUAGCCCCUCUGGAAAGUAGGUGGGGCAUACCCAGUCUCCUUCAAUCCAGAACCCACAGGUGAAGCAGAUCCAGGGCCCAGGCAGGGACGACUCAGGUGUGGGAGAACCGCUGGGCCAGCACCACAGGAUGGCAGAAAGGUCAUCCCAGAAGAGCUGUGAGUCUGAGCUCUGGGUCUCGGUCUCCCAGAGCCUCCUGGAGGAGGACAGCCCAGAGCCCCUGUCCCAGCAUCUCCAGGCCAGCACUUCCAGAGGCAGUGAGCCUCUCAGCAGCCUAGAUCUCCCCUGUGGCUCCCUGGUGGCCUCGGAGUACCUGCCUUUCUUCCGCACCUAUGGGAACCUCCUGACUGUGGAGGAGCCAGCCCCGCUGCCCAAGGUUUGCAGGGACCAGAACAUCAGAGAGGUGCCAUUCUCUGAGGACCCAGAACCACCCAGCGGCUUCUUCCCUUACUACCGCUCCAAGGAGGAGAGUUUUCCCAGCCUGGUCCUUCCUGAUAGGUUGUAUGGGGGCUCCCAACACCUGCACACCAGGAAGGAGGUCCUGACUGGCUGCGUUUGCAGGAUGACUGUCAGCUGCCAGUGCUCUGCUGCCUCGGCAAGCCCAGGCGUCCUCCCCGGGUCCUCCUCUACACCACCCUGCUGUCCCAUCCUGCUGCUUUCGGCCGGUCACUCUCAUGACAGCAGCCUGACUGUCCCUCUCUCCAGUGAUGCUGCCUUCAGGGGCCCCGGCCUUUGUGCCUCGGGAUUCGUGCCAUACUACAGAACCCCUGAGGAGAAGCUGCAUACCAGCCCUGGGCCUCCUUCCUCUCUGUCCGGGAGCCGGGAGCCCGCAGGGGAGCUGCCCAGGCCUGCUGCCACCAGAGUGUGAGGGAGCAGGAGCCCCCGAAGAAUGGGCCCCAGUACCUGCUCAGCAAGAGGUGAAGGUGGCUGGGGGGGAGGCUACCCGAACUGGCCUGGGACCUCCUGCCUCAGUGCCUAGGACCCACAGAGAGGUCAGGAGGGGCCCAAAGGCAGGCAGGCCCCACCAUCCCCCUCAGUCUACUUGGGGGGGCAAACAAGAGGACCCUGUGCCCUGCCAGUGUGUAGCUCUACGCCACUGUCCGACUCAGCAGGCCUGGGAGCUGCCUUCUCUCCAAGGAACUGAGAGGCUCAAUCUGUGCCCCCUUGCAGCCACAGGCUCAGGAAGUGACCCCCAGCCCGGGGGGCUCCCUUGGGUCUGCUAGCCAGAAAAACCUCCUGAUGACUAAUGGAGUGCAGCAGCCCAAAAGUGGCUCCACAAAGGGGAGGUCAGUCUGGCCCAGCACUCAGACCUCCCCACGGUCCUGGCUCUGCUCUAGCCUGAGCUCCAGGCUCAGGGCAGAGAGCAGGGUCCACCAAACAAUGGAGGGCUACAGACCAGAGCUAAGUCACCGCAUUACGAGGGUUGGAAUUGAUGCCCUACUGUGAUAGUUUGGAGAAAUACAAAUGCAGCUUCCAUGUAUAGAGUAUUUGCUGUGGGUUAGGGAUAGACACUGGGUCAACUCUAUCCUCCAGUUAAAGAAACAGGCUCAGAGAGGUGGGCUGUAGGCCUGGGCUCACACAGCUCACCAAUAGUGGAGCUGGGAUUCAUACCCAUGCCUGUCCUCGGGGCCUGAGUACUUAAAACCCUUUCUUUUACACCGUUCCUCAGUGAGUCUUCACACAGCAAGGAAAGAGCCAGCUGCCACCCGUCACGCUCCCUAGAGGUCAUCCCACCUUGCCUUCCCCCACAGGCCUCCUUCCCUUGCCUGGCUCACUGCGCUUUGGAGCAGCAAGCAGGGGAAAGCAGCAUAACACAUGUCUACCAAGGACCGGCCUCGCCGACCACUGGCGAUAACAUUUCCUGGUGCCCCAGCCUUAACCCCAAACUCCAGGCUUACCCCACAGCAUGGCGGAUGGCCCUGAGGCUGAAGCACGUGCUUAUGAUGACAGCACGUGCCCCCCCCCCCCUCUGGGAAUGUGAACCUUGGCUCCUGUUCGAAACAGCCUCUUGGUACCCACGUUCACAGCCACUCUGUCCCGUGGCACUGGUCUCAUGUCCCUUCCCCUCCCCUCUGACCCGUACACCCCUGAUGGCUGGAUUCCUGUUCCUCCUCCACCCAGGAGGACACCCUUACCAGCUCCCCAGUCUUCCCGAGGGUGGCAAAGUUGAGAGGACGCACGCUAGAAAUCAGUCGGUUGUACUUCAGUCACAUCCAAGAAUUUCUUUUUUUAAAAUGCACUUAAAAAAAAUUUUUUUCUGAGGCACUUGUAUGACUUCCCUUUGGGUUGGGUUGACAGUAGGGUGAAGACAUUUAGGUGCCCUUGCUGGAAGGCUCCUUGGCUUUGUAUAUGUGCUGCCGAAGCGAGCACAAUUCCUUGGCUUUGUUCUUGGGGGGGCGGGUGACUGGUCUUUCCCCUUUCACAUUCCACAGGGCUGGGGCCAGCUAGCUGGCAUCUCUGGGCUCUCACUGCCCUCAGAGAAACGGACUGGGUUGGGAAGUGUCUGGCUGCGUGUUAGAACUCUCUCCUUGUGCAGUCCAAGCUGGGUCGGCCAUGUGGCUUCCUCUUCCCAUGCGAGUGGCCUCCCAGGCUUCAGCAGGGCCACCUGCCAGCACUCCCAAGGGAGCUGGAUGAGCCUGACUGGCUCGCAUGCUGAAGAGAACCUCCCGUGUUUCAGGACUGAGAGAUUUCUGGAGCGAGGGGUUCGCAGAAAGGAUCUGGGGCAGAAGAGGUCCUGGGUGAAGGAAUGGGCUUAUGUGGAAGAGCAGGUGGCUUGCUGCUCGUUGGUCCAGGUGGCAUCGGCUGGGAGUUCUGUGCUGACACAGACACAUGCCCAAACAUAUGUCAGGACACCGAGGCCAUAAAAAGGAUAAACGCCAGCUAACUUCCAGUGUUUGCUGUGUGCCAGCCAUGGGGCUGAGCACUCAUGGGCAUUGAU